AUGGAUUCGAGCUCGUCGUCGUCUUUUGCUCGUCGCCACCGACGAGCCGUAUCCAGCCCCAAGAACGCCUACACCCCCUCGCAAAUCACCCCGACAUCCUCCACACGCAAUGUCUCUGCGGCGUCCGCAGACACCCCACGACCACCCCGGACGGCAUCGAGCAUCAUGAUCUCUGUCAAACGAACCUUUACACCCUCCAAACGACGCAGCGGCGAGCAUUCGUCGCACAUGUCACGCUCCGGGAUGUACUCUACGCCAGAAGAGCGCAUGUCGCCCUGCCAGCCUCAAGUCACUCAAUUCCAUGCUCACAGUCAUAUUAUCGCGGGACCAGCGCCGCCGACAAUAGAGCAGAUCGCCAUGGGCCUUCAUAUAUCACGGACGCCUCAUUUACGACCUCUAACGUCGACAAGGAGUCCUUAUUCCCAGAGAAACCACUCCGCCCCCGCACGCACCCGUCAUGGGCACUCCCCAGUGUUGCCCCCACCCCCCACGCGGUCCAGUAUGAAGAAACCGACGGCGACGGUGUCUUCCAGCUCGAGCCAAGCUAAGCUGCGCACGCCUGUGCCACCAGCAUCGUCGCCCACCCCCACGACAAGCAGCAGCGCGGCGCCCAGCUCGUCCCGAUCCACCCACUCGGGAUUUUCAUUCUCGAAAUUCAGAAUGGGCAGGUUUCUCUCUGGUUCACGAUCUAGCUCGGCACCCUCAUCAUCGCUUAUAUCGACUCCUGUCUCGUCUCCGAGGCAGAGCACGAGUGACCUUGAAGCUCUGCAGCGCAAGGCCGUUCGAUUCCAAAACACGGAGGACGAGGACGAUGAAAGAGAUUGA